AUGAGUCAAAACUCCAACAAGCGCAUGUCACUCGAAGAAUUUGAUGCAACGGGAACUGCGGCCCCCUCUCCUUCUUCCUCUUCGGUGAUGGAUUAUGCUUCUUCUUCGUAUUCUACCAACUCCCAAUCCACUCCCACUUCGGCACGCUCCACAUCGCAGGCACACCAUCAUCAUCAUCAUCAUCCCAUGACCGUUCCAUCCAAGAAAAAGCCCGCCUGGUACCAAAAGGCACAGGACGAAAAGGAUUCCCGGAAUAUGCAAGACUGCCUCGAGGAUUAUUUUGGGCACGAUGCCUUUCGAUUGGGACAGGGUGAAUCAAUUGAAACGGUUGUGGAAGGUCACGAUGUGGCGAUCAUGUGGGAUACCGAACGCAAUCGUAUGACGGGAUACCCAAGACCCACCAUCGAAACGACUUUUCGACGAAGAGUGGUGCACGAUGCCUUGUAUCAAGAUUAUUCAGCAGAAUGCGACUAUUCUUCAGAUGAAGAUGAAUACUAG